AUGGUCAUAACACAUUCACAUUAUCAACAAUUAUUUCAACAAGAAGCAAAACGAUUAUCUGAUAUUGAUAUUGAAUUUUCUCAUUAUUCCGAAUUUUCUCUCAAUCAUAUUGUUUAUCAUCCAGCAUUUUUAUCAGUUAUGGAAGAGCAGGUUAUGAAUACUUUAGCUAAAGAACAAAUUAGAAGUCUUUCUAAAUUUGGUGGUGCUCCAGAUGAAGAUGUUAUUAAAUGGAUACAAUAUAUGGAAGCAGUAUUUGAUUGA